AUGGUGUCAAAGUUGAACGUUUGGGUGCCCCAUGAACUUACGGAACGGAACCGUCUUGAACGAACGACAGCGUGCAUGUCAUUACUUGCGCGUAAUAAACAUGAGCCAUUCCUUAAACGUCUAGUAACUGGUGAUGAAAAGUGGAUACUUUACGAAAAUCCUGAACGGAAACGUAGCUGGUCCCAACGAAAUCAACCACCUCAACGGUGUGCAAAACCAGGGUUACAUCCACUGGUGAUACCAUUAAUUCAGACGAAAUAUUGCACUCAGUUAGAAAAAUUAAGAGAAGCUGAAAAACGACCAGGUAUAGUAAAUAGGAGCAACGUUAUCUUCCAUCACGACAACGCUAGACCGCAUGUCGCGAAAGGCGUUAUAAAAAACUGUCUGAAUUUAAUUAGGAAAUUUUACCACAUCCCCCAUAUUCCUCAGACAUUGCCCCACCUGAUUACCACCUGUUCAGAGCAUUACAACACUUUUUAG